AUGUCAGAGAUACGGGAUACGAUAUCUAAUCAAUCUAAAACAGAUCUAGGGAAUGAAUCAAAAGAAUUAUCAUCAUCAAAUGGAUCAAAAUAUAAUUCAUCAAAUUCUACUAAUAAUGUCAAUAAAAUUAAAAGAGCAACAUCUCAAGAUCUUUUACAUACACCACCACCAAAUUUAAAAUCAAGAAUAAAAAGAUGGUUUUUUUUAAAAGGUUUAGCUAAUAGACCUGAAUAUAUGCAAGAGAUAUAUAAUAAUAUACCAAGAACUAUAUUUUUUAAUUAUGAUUUACCUAAUGAUAUGAAAGAUUCCAGGGGUCAUCCUAUUAUUGAAUAUCCUAGAAAUAAAAUUAGAACUACAAAAUAUACUCCAAUAACAUUUUUACCAAAAAAUUUAAUAUUACAGUUUACAAAUGUUGCAAAUACUUAUUUUUUGGUAUUAGUUAUAUUAGGUGCUUUUCAAGUUUUUGGAGUUCCAAGUCCUGGAUUAGCUGCUGUGCCAUUAAUUGUUAUUGUUUGUAUUACAGCAAUAAAAGAUGCAUUUGAAGAUUAUAGAAGAGUUAUAAGUGAUUCCGAAUUAAAUAAUAGUCCUAUUCAUCUAAUGUCAGGUGUUAUAAAUCCAAAUGUUGAAAAAGAUUUUGUUGGACCAUGGAGAAGAUUUAAAAAAUCAUGUACAAAAGGUUCAAUUAAAUUUUUUAAAGGUAUAAAAAAAAGUUGUAUAUUCAUAUGUGGAUCAAAAAAACAAAAACAAGAUUUUGUUAGAGAGAAAGCGUAUCAAGAUGAAUUAGCAUUACAUAGAGUGAGUACUGUGAUUUCAGAAUAUUCAUAUCAUUCAGAACAUCCUAGAUAUAGUAUGCAUUCACCAAGAAGAAGUAUGCAAUCACCAAGAAGAAGUGGACAACAUGUUAGAAAAUCAAUGCAAUCAAAUAGACCACCAACAGUAGCAUUACCAAAUUCAUUACUUAAUCCAAUUUUAAAAGAAGGAAAUGCAAAAAAUCCAGAAAUGAAAAGAGCUAAUUUUAAAAAUCGUUCAUGGAAAGAUGUUAAUGUUGGAGAUAUGAUUAGAAUUAGAGCUAAUGAAGAAGUACCUGCAGAUGUUAUAAUUAUUUCAACUUCAGAUCCAGAAGGAAAUUGUUUUAUUGAAACAAAAAAUCUUGAUGGUGAAACUAAUUUAAAAAUGAGAAAAGCUUUAAAAUGUGGUGGAAAUAAUAAUUUAAAACAUUCUGAUGAUAUUAGUGAUACUAAAUUUUGGCUUGAAUGUGAUGCUCCAAAUCCAAAUUUAUAUGCUUUUAAAGGAACUAUUCAUUAUGAAAAUUAUGAUUCAAAAGGUCAAUUAGUUAAUGAAGAUGAAAAAGAAGCUAUAACUCCAGAAAAUGUAUUGUUAAGAGGUUGUACUUUAAGAAAUACAAAAUGGGUUAUUGGUUUAUGUGUUUAUACUGGUCCAGAAACUAAAAUUAUGUUGAAUGCAGGUAUAACUCCAACAAAAGUAUCAAGAAUUUCAAGAGAAUUAAAUUUAUCAGUUAUUAUUAAUUUUCUUUUACUUUUUAUAUUAUGUUUCAUAUCUGGUUUAAUUAAUGGAUUAUUUUAUCGAGAAACUGAUAAUUCAAGAGUAUUUUUUGAUUGGCAUCCAUAUGGUUCAACCAAUGCUGCAAGAGGAGUUAUUGCAUUUUUUGUUGCUUUGAUUAUUUAUCAAUCGUUAGUUCCUAUUUCAUUAUAUAUUUCUAUUGAAAUUAUUAAAACUUUACAAGCAUAUUUCAUUCAUUCAGAUAUUAAGAUGUACUAUGCACCAUUGGAUUUCCCAUGUAUUCCAAAAGCUUGGAAUAUUUCUGAUGAUUUGGGACAAAUUGAAUAUGUAUUUAGUGAUAAAACAGGAACAUUAACUCAAAAUGUAAUGGAAUUUAGGAAAUGUACCAUAAAUGGGAAAUCAUAUGGAUUAGCAUAUACAGAAGCUCAACAAGGUUUAGAUAAAAGAAAAGGUUUAGAUACAAUUGAAGAAGCAAGAAAAUGGAAAUUGAAAAUAGAUCAUGAUAAAGAAAUCAUGAUGGAUGAUUUAGAAAAAUAUUCUCAUAAUGAUCAAUUAAGAAGUGAAAAUAUUUCAUUUGUUUCAAGUGCUUAUGUUAGAGAUACUUUAUUGGCUCAACCAAAUAAUCAACAACGUAUUGCAAAUGAGAAAUUUAUGUUUGCAUUAGCUCUCUGUAAUACAGUUGUUACUGAAGAAAACAAAGUUGAUCCAACAUUACGUGAUUUUAAAGCUGAAUCGCCAGAUGAAGCAGCAUUAGUUGCAGUUGCCAGAGAUUUAGGAAUUGUUUUCAAAGAAAGGUUAAGAAAAUCAUUAAUUUUACUGAUUUACGGUAAAGAAGAAGAAUUUGAAUUAUUAGAUAUUGUUCCAUUUACUUCAGCUAGGAAAAGGAUGUCUUGUGUUAUUAAAUCACCAGAUGGGAAAAUUAUAUUAUAUACAAAAGGUGCAGAUAGUGUUAUUUUCCAAAGAUUAAAUCCUCAAACAAAUUCUCAUGAAAUUGUUAGUAAAACUGCAUUAUAUUUAGAAGAUUAUGCAAAUGAAGGUUUAAGAACUUUAUGUAUUGCAUCAAAAGAAUUAGAUCCAUCUUGGUAUAAACAAUGGUCUGAUAAAUAUCAUGAAGCAAAUGCAUCUAUUGAUGAUGAUAGAGAUGAAUUAAUUGAACAAUUAGAUGAUGAAAUCGAGCAAAACUUAGAUUUAUUAGGUGGUACUGCAAUUGAAGAUAGAUUACAAGAUGGUGUACCACAAUCAAUAUCUAUUAUAGGACAAGCUGGAAUAAAGUUAUGGGUAUUAACUGGUGACAGAAUUGAAACAGCAAUAAAUAUUGGAUUUUCAUGUAAUUUAUUAGAAAAUGAAAUGAAAUUAUUAGUUGUUAGACCAGAUGAACAAAGUGCAGAAAGUGUUGAAUAUUUAAAUGAUUUAAUUGAUAAAUAUUUGAUUGAAAAUUUCAAUAUCGAUUGUUCAAAUCCAGAUCAAGUUAAAAAUUUAAUAAAAUUAGCUCAAAAAGAUCAUUCUAUUCCAGAUCCUAAACAUGCUUUAAUUAUUGAUGGAGGUGCAUUAACUUUAAUGUUUCAAAAUCUUGAUGAUCAUCCAAGUGAAAAUGUUAAAUUAAUCCGUGAUAAAUUUUUAUUAUUAGGAAAACAGUGUAAAUCAGUUUUAUGUUGUCGUGUAUCACCAGCUCAAAAAGCAGAAGUUGUUAAAUUAGUUAAAACAAGAUUAGGUGUAAUGACUUUAGCAAUCGGUGAUGGUGCUAAUGAUGUUGCUAUGAUUCAAGCUGCAAAUGUUGGAGUAGGUAUAGCUGGAGAAGAAGGAAGACAAGCAGUAAUGUCAUCAGAUUAUGCAAUUGCACAAUUUAGAUUUUUAACAAGAUUAUUAUUAGUUCAUGGUCGUUGGUCUUAUAAAAGAUUAGCUGAAAUGGUUCCAUGUUUCUUUUAUAAAAAUGUUGUUUUCACUUUUACUUGUUUUUGGUAUGGUAUAUUUAAUAAUUUUGAUGGUUCAUAUCUUUAUGAAUAUACUUAUCUUAUGUUUUAUAAUUUAGCAUUUACAUCAUUACCAGUUAUUGUCCUUGCAGUUUUUGAUCAAGAUGUUUCAGAUACUGUUUCAUUAUUAGUUCCACAAUUAUAUAUUAGUGGGAUUUUGAGUAAAGAUUGGUCACAAUAUAAAUUUAUAAUUUAUAUGAUUGAUGGAUUAUAUCAAUCAGUUAUAUCAUUUUUUUUCCCAUUUUUAUUAUUUUAUAAAAGUUUCCAAAAUCCACAAGGUAUGACUAUUGAUCAUAGAUUCUUUAUGGGUGUAGUAGCUGCUUGUAUAGCAGUUACUGCUUGUGAUUUGUUUGUUUUAUUAAAACAACAUAGAUGGGAUUGGUUAUCAUUAUUGAUUUAUGCUAUUUCAAUUUUAUUAGUUUAUUUUUGGACUGGUGUUUGGAGUGUCAAUAAGAAUUAUUCAGGUGAGUUUUAUAGAGCAGGUGCUCAAACUUUAGGAACUUUAGGUGUUUGGUGUUGUAUUUUCAUUGGAAUUAUUGCAUGUUUAUUACCAACUUUCACUAUUGAUUUUUUAAGAGUUAAUUUUAAACCAACUGAUGUGGAUAUUAUAAGAGAACAGGUUCGUAAUGGGAAAUUUGAUGAUUAUCCAGAAGGGUAUGAUCCAACAGAUAAAGAAGAUGUGGAAAGACAUAGAUUAUUGAAUGAAAUUAUUGAAAAAGAUCCACAAUUGUUUGAAAAAAUGGAAGAGGAAUACAAACAUGACAAAGAUGAACAUGAAAAUAAAAUUGAAAAAACAUUCAAAACUAUAAAAAGAAGAACCACUUUAACAACAAGAUCAAGACAAAAUUCAAAUGCAGCAAGGCUUAGGAAAAAUACAAUAAAUGAACAAUUUCAUAAAAAUAUUCCAAUUAGUCAAUUAAGACAACAAAUGAUUUUACUGGGUGAUUUACCAAGAACUUCAUUAGAAAGAAUAAACACAACUCAUAAUUUACCCGGUUUAACUAAUGCCGAAACAUUAAUGUCAUAUCAUACAAGAAUUUCUACGUAG